AUGCCGCCCAAGUUCCGCAAGGUCCGAUCACCAAGAUUGGAUGCUGCCAGCGAUGACACGUCGGAUUCCGACGAUGCAGCAGGUUCAGAAGACAAGUCGUCCGUACAAGAGGAGUCGGGAGAGGCUGAGAAUACAGAUGACGAAGACGAAGGUCUUGAGGUGAUGGAGAAGAACCCGCAGGCGCUCAAGAAGAUGUUCGCGGACGAGACUGCUCAUUGGGUCGGCGAGGACGAAGAUGAGCCUGCGAGCGAGCCACCGAACCCGCCGGAGUCUCGCUCAAAGCCCUCCAAGUCAAAGAAACGUUCUCGUCACCAGAACGGCGGUUCGGAGAGCGAGGCUGUUAUUGCACCGCCUACCAAGAAGCAGUCGAGGAACGGUUCAAAGGAAGCCAUCGGGACCGUCACCAAGUCCAAGCCGAAGCCUGCACCCGAUCGUGCCGCAAUUAAGGAGACCCCGAAACGUGCGGUGUCGUCAAAGCGCGCAGAUGAGAUCCCGAAGUUCCGGAAACCGAACGAGUCGAACAAUCUGGUCCGCGACGCCGACUCGGAGACGCCGAAGCUCAAAGCAAAGGGCUCGAAGACGCAUCCCAAAUCAUCGAAGCUCCUGCCAGGAAAGUACACAUCACACACGGAUUCGGACACUGGAUCAGACGUCGACGAUGUUUCCUCGACCGAUUCCGACUCGGUGGACUCGGGUAUCGAGAUCGUGUAUCCACAACGUGGUAAGCUGAAGCUUAAAGAACAGCACCGUCGUGUUCGCCGCAUCAUCCAGCAUGGUAUCAACACAAUGCUCGCCGAUGUCCUCCUCAAGAACGCCUUUCCGGAUGGCCCUGAGAGACAGGGGCAGAUCGUCAAACGCGCACUUCUCAGUGCCGCCUCUCAUUUCGCCUACGACGACAUCUCCAGGCGUCUGAGGAAGCAGGAGGACUAUGCAGACGACUUGUGCAGAAUUCCUGCUCAGCGUAUCCCUACUUUCCGCGGCCAAGUGCGGAAGCUUGUGGAAGGCCAGCCGUGCACUGCGUUUGGGCUGGUCUUUGGCGACAAGGACAAAGGUGACUGGCUCCAAGAGGGCUUCCGGUACAUAUACCCGUUCGAUUACCAGAACAAGACCAUCAAUGUGGGCAAGCCGUACAGCCCUCCCGUAUUCCUCGAAACCCUCCGUGUCGCUUUCUUCAAACGACCGUCGAGCUUGGGCUUCAAGAUCUCAGAGCACUUCGAGUCAUCGCUGCCCGACAAGCCUGACGAGAAGGAGAUCCCGGCCGCUAUGCUUGCUCUUGUGGCCACAGCGCUUCACGCGGCAAUCGAGGACUGCAAGCACAAUCGCGUGCAACCGCGCGACUUCUCAUCAAACGACUAUUGGGGCGUCUACAAGGACCAUAUUCAAGAGCUUUCCACCAUUCGUACGCACGGCCCGGUACAAUUCCACGUUCUUAUGCAUGGCUUUUGGCGUCGGAUCAGUACCCCAAUGGGAACUUCCGGGCCGUCCGGAGGCCCACGCAAGAGCUUCCUCAAUGUUGCAGCUAUGGAAGUUGAGUAG